GUAGUUGUCCGUCUAUCGUUUUUCGAGAUCCAGGUACAAAUAAUCAUGUUAGAAAAUUUUCUACGAGAGUACAAUAUCAAUCGGAUAUUGUUAUCGAUCACAGGUCUCUGGCCGUAUCAGAACAAGGUUGUGAGAAGUUUAUUAUGGACAUUCUGUUUCCUGCUCGAAAUAAGUUAUUAUCCGUUCGAGAUAUUACUAUUUCACGAUCAUUCGGACGAUGCGCAAUUGAUUUUCGAAGGUGGCUAUCAAACUCUGAUUUUAACUAAUUUUGUCAUAAGGCAUUUAAAUGACGUUUUGCACAGUGACAAGAUGCGAUGUCUGUACGAAGCCAUUGACGAGCAUUGGAAUAUAUUUACAGAUGAUAUAGAAAUUCGAAUUUUGAAAGAAUAUUCUUGUCUGUCGCAAAAAAUUGUGAUAUAUUAUUCAAUGCUAUUUUUUUCUUCGUUAGUGGUAAUUAUAAUAUUACCAUUAACACCGAUAUUCCUGGAUAUUUUAAUGCCUCUUAACGAAUCACGUCCACGAUUUUUCGCGAUGGAAGUUGAAUUCAGGGUGAAUAAAGAUGAAUAUUUUCUGCCAAUUUUUUGUUAUACUAAUCUUGUAAUUGUGGUGGGUGUAUUCAUUGCGUUAGGCUUUGAUUCAAUGCAUAUAACAUGCACUGCUCAUGCAUGUAGUUUAUUUGCAGCUAUCAGUAAGCAAAUCGAAAAUGUACUGUUAAAAGUGGAUGACAAUAAUAACAUCGAAAAAAGUGAACAUGUAAAUAAGAAACUUGAGUUGUUGAACGAAGAAAUAACAUACCGGAAAUACAUAAAAUGUUUAAAAAAACAUCAGCUUGCUAUAGAAUUUGUGGAAAUAUUAAAUUCAUCAUAUCAAGAAUGUGCAUUAGCUAUAUUGAUAGUACUUCUUGGAAUUUUGAGUCUGGUUGGAAUUCGUAUUAUUUAUGUAUUACAUGAAUUGGGAACAUUGAUAAAAUUUGUGUUUAUAUUCAUAACAACAUUAUGUGUUUUGCUAGUCCCAUGUUACUCCGGUCAGAGAAUAAUGGAUGAAAGUCAGAAUAUAUUCUAUAGAGCGUAUGCAACAGAAUGGUACAAGUUCUCACAUAGGCUAAAAUCAUUACUACUAAUAACUCUUUACAGAAGUAAUAAACCAUGCGGAUUAAAAGCAGGCAACAUGAUUCCGUUAUCCAUCGCGACUUACGCAACGGUCGUACGAAUGUCUAUGUCUUACUACACAGCAUUAUUAUCAAUGCAAGACUGAUUACUGAGUGUUCAAUUAGUUUUUCAUAGAUAUUACAUACCUUCGUUUCAUCCAAAGACAAUAAAUCAUAGUAAAGACUUCAGAUGUAUAUCUGAUAAUGCUAUUAUAGAUGCACUCAAUCAGCAACUUUUUAUACUGUUUCUAUAUUUUUCGUCUAACACAAUAUUUUGUUACUUAGUGAUUGUGUUAUAAACUAAUCUAUUACAAAUUGUUUAUGGUA